CAGCCUCGCCGUGCCCGCUGAGGCUCCUCACUCGUCUCCCCCGUGCCAGCCAGACCCGACCAGAGGUAAGGACCCCGAAGCACAGGUGGCCCAAGACCCGGGCGGGCACCUGGAGCGGGCGUGGCCGAGUGACGGGACUCACAUAGGCUCAGAAGUGGAGUUCAGGUUUGGGACUUUUGGAAACUCGGCGUUGCGACAUAAGUUUGUAGCUUCCCGAAAAGAAAUCUUUCUGACAAUCAGCAACGGCCGUCAAUAACAAGCUUUAUGCUGACUGACCACCACUGGACCGGGUUUCCACGCGUGAACUUGACCGGCGCCUUAGGAAAGUGCUUUUGGGGAAAAAAAAACCCACAAUUUUGCUGUGAGAAAGGACAUGAGGAGACUAAAGGCCUGGGAUUUUACCGAUCAGAAUGAAACCAAUGUUGAAAGACUUUUCAAAUCUCUUGCUGGUGGUGCUCUGUGACUAUGGUAAGUAAGUCCUCGGAGAAGCCGAGUACCUCCUCUUGCGAGAGCCGGUCCACGUGGCCCUGAGCGACAGAACGGUAUCUGUGGAUUUCUACUCCCUCAGUGACGCUAAUGGGACACUGAGGAACGUGUCUGUCAUGCUGUGGGAGGCCAACACCAAUCAGACUCUCACCACGAAGUACAUCCUGACCAACCAGUCCCAGGGGACUCUCCAGUUCGAGUGCUUCUUCUUCCAGGGGGCCGGCGACUACUGGUUUGUAAUGACUCCGGAAGCGACGGACAAUGGCACGCAAGCCCCCGGCUGGGAGAAAAGUGUCUUUCUGAAGGUGGAAUGGCCCAUCUUCCACAUUGAUUUGAAUCGGACAGCCAUGGCUGCAGAAGGCACCUUCCAGGUGGGCCUUUUUACCACUCAACCGCUCUGCCUGUUUCCAGGGGACAAGCCGGACAUGCUGGUGGACGUGGUUUUCACCGACAGUCUUUCUGAGGCAAGAACAACGGGGCAGCCGCUGGAGAUCAGAGCCACCAAAAGGACAGAACUCGCUCAAGUUCAAUGGGUUGAAUUUGGCUGUGCACCCGUAGGGGUGGAAGCCUACGUCACUGUGACGCUGAAGCUUUGGGGUCAAGAUUCAGUCAUCACGUCUGUAGGACCUAUUGACCUGGCCCAAAAAUUCGGAUACGCAUUGGCAAUGGCACCGGAAGUCACGUGUGAGUCUGUGGUGCAGGUGACUGUUCUGCCUCCUCCUUGUGUCUUUGUCCAAGGAGUGCUUGCUGUUUACAAAGAGGCCCCCAGACACCCGGGGGAGAGAACUUCACAGCUGGCUGAAAACAGCCUGUCCCUGGGAGAGAAGAGCGCAGUGUUUAACUGCACUUUGUUUGAUGUGGGGAAGAACAAGUACUGCUUUAAUUUUGGAAUUUCAAGGAAAAGCCAUUUUUCUGCAAAGGAGUGCAUGUUAAUUCAGAGAAAUAUAGAGUCUUGGGGACCCUGGCAGCCGUGGAGCCGGUGUAGCAGCACGUGCGGGGAGGCUGUCCGAGAACGGCGCCGCGCGUGUCUCGCUUCUUUCCCCUCCAGACCCAGCUGCUCGGGAGUAUCCUCAGAGACCUCUUCAUGCUCCCUGGAGGAGUGUGCUGUAUUCCGGCCGCCCGGCCCAUCGUCUGUUCCACCUCAGGGUCCAGUGAAGUCCAACAACGUCGUGACGGUCACAGGGAUAUCCCUGUGCUUGUUCAUCAUUAUUGCCACCGUGCUUAUCACUCUCUGGAGGAGGUUCGGCAGAGCCCCCAAAUGCAGCACCCCUGCCCGACACAACUCCAUUCAUACCCCUGGCUUCCGGAAGAACUCGGAUGAGGAGAACAUCUGCGAGCUGAGCGAGCCUCGGGGAAGCUUCUCAGAUGCGGGUGAUGGACCCAGGGGAAGCCCGGGGGACACAGGCAUCCCUUUGACUUACAGGUGCAGCGCACCAGCGGCUCCUGACGACGAGGCCUCCGGCAGUGAGAGCUUCCAGUCCAACGCCCAGAAGAUCAUCCCGCCCCUGUUCAGCUACCGCCUGGCCCAGCAGCAGUUGAAGGAGAUGAAGAAGAAAGGGCUGACCGAGACCACCAAAGUGUACCACGUGUCUCAGAGUCCCCUGACAGACACCGUCGUGGAUGCCACUGCCAGUCCUCCCUUAGACCUGGAAUGCCCCGAAGAAGCAGCAGCAGCGAGCAAGUUCCGAAUCAAGACUCCAUUUCUGGACCAGCCUGUGGCAGGCGCCGGGGACAGGCCCCCCUCCAGGUUGGAUGGUAUCGUGCCUCCGCCCAGCUGUGCGGUCAGUCCCAGCCAGACCCUGAUCCGCAAGUCGCAGACGAGGUCAUCUGUGGGGAGAGAGGGCUCAUCUGAGAGGUGCCACUCCAGAAGUUCCCUCUUCAGGAGGACCGCUAGUUUUCAUGAAACCAAGCAGUCCCGCCCGUUCCGGGAGAGAAGCUUGUCUGCACUGACUCCCCGCCAGGUCCCUGCCUACAGUUCCAGGAUGCGGACCUGGGACCAGAUAGAGGAUAGGUCCAGGCCUCCUAGUCGAAGUGCCCACCUGCUUCCAGAGAGAUCAGAGCACUUCCAAGGGGCAGGUCGGGCCAGCAGUCCCUUGGGCCCUCUCUCCAAAUCCUACACUGUGGGGCAUCCCAGGAGGAAACCGGACUCGGGGGAUCGCCAGGCAGGGUUGGUGGCAGGAACUGAGAAAAUGGAGCCUCACCGAGCUCACAGGGGACCGUCCCCCAGUCACAGGAGUGUUUCGCGGAAGCAGCCUUCACCCAUUUUCCCCAAAGAUAGCUACCAGAAAGUCAGCCAGCUCAGCCCUUCUCACUGCCGAAAAGAUAAAUGUCAGAGCUUUCCCAUCCACCCAGAGUUCGCCUUCUACGACAACACCUCUUUCCGCCUCACUGAGGCUGAGCAGAGAAUGCUGGACCUCCCGGGAUACUUCGGCUCCAACGAAGAGGAUGAAACCACGCUUAGCGUGGAGAAGUUGGUCAUCUAGGCUGAGAAGCUGCAGGACCCACCCAGGGCCCUUUACCCAGCUGGCAGUAUGCACUGCUCACAUACCUUCUGUUAACUAUUUUGUAUAACUGUGGGGAUUGGCUCAAAACCCAGAGGGGUGUGUGCAUGCGCGCGCGUGGGCGUGGGCGUGUGUGUGUGUGUGUGUGUGUUCACCGAGAAGAAGUUAUUUAUCCUGAAUGUUUAUCCUGGGCGGUUUUGUUGUUGUUGUUGUUGUUGUUAUCCCUUUUCUGUCGGCUUCUUUCUACUAAUAAAAUUUAAGUGAGGCAAAUGUUAUGAUGAUUUUG